UCUGCGUAGGAGGGCAGGUCGGCGGCCCCUUCCUCUCCUCACCCGCUUCCGGGCUGCUCCCCUCCGCAGCCCCCCGACUCUCCACCUCGGGGACCCCGAGACCAGGCCCGGCGACACCCGGAACUGCCGCCGCGCGCCGUCCCGACUUCCGGUUCCGGUGCUGGCUGUCCCGAGUCCGGGAUCCGCCAUGGAGGAGGCGGAGAUGCAGAUCAAGGGGAAGAAAGUCACGGACAAGUUCACCGAGAGCGUGUACGUGCUGGCCAACGAGCCGUCCGUGGCCCUGUACCGCCUGCAGGAGCAUGUGCGCCGCUCCCUGCCCGAGCUGGCCCAGCACAAGGCCGACAUGCAGCGCUGGGAGGAGCAGAGCCAGGGAGCAAUCUACACGGUGGAGUAUGCCUGCAGCGCGGUGAAGAGCCUGGUGGACAGCAGCGUGUAUUUCCACAGCGUCGAGGGACUGCUCAGGCAGGCCAUCAGCAUCCGCGACCACAUGAACGCGGCCGCCCAGGGCCACAGGUAGCCAUCCUGCAGCCGCGCCCACGCACCUGCCGGCCCAGCGUCUCCUGGGGGGUGGGUUCUGGCGACUCCCCUCCACCUCUGGCGCCUGACUGUGCUGUGGACCUGGGCGCUGGGCGGGAGAACAGCAACGCGAUGCAUUCAGGCGGCCACGCCUCUGCCCCUGGUCGCCAGCUCACCCUGCAGUCCACGGACAGAGGGCAGCAGGGGCCCAGGAGGUGGCUGGUCUGACGGACUGGGCGGGGAGGAGUGGCCGGUCUGUGGAACCCCGGCUAGUGGAGCCUGGGGGGGGGGGUGUGCGUGCACGGGGGGGCUUGGAGCAGGGCAGCGGGCAGGUGAGACCCUUGGGGUGAAGCCCUUGUGGGUGCAGGGCCUCACCCCGGGAGCUGUUCUCGGCAACCCUUUCGUUUUCCCUGUAAUUUAAUAAACGCGCGGUGUGAGAGCG